AUGAAUAUUAUGUCCACCAACCAGUGUGGUUGGCCACUGAGAAUUCAGGAUCAUCUUGACAAAGGAAGUAGUAUUAUUAAUAAGGCUCCAUUUUCAGGAUAUCAUUCUCCUUCUAAAGGAUUGGACUUCCCUAAUGUUUCUCAUAAUUGUCGCCGUAGUGCCAGAAAAUGUAGACCGGUUUUUUCGAGUACAGUGAGUGACAGUAUGGAUCCAUAUGAUUCAGAUGAGAGUGAGAAGAACAAAUCUCAGAAUAAUGAUGAAGUUAGAGGGGUGAAUAGUGAGAUGCUCAGAGAAAGUCUCGAGAAAAUAGUCGGCACAGAUGAUUCCAGGUUUAGUGGAUUCGACCUUGCUACUCUUAUCAGGAAAAAAUAUGGGAAAUCUUAUGAUGUCCAGUUGAUUAAGAAGGAAUUCAUGGGAAGAAAUCUCCUUGCUAUGAAUGUCAUGUGGAAGUACAUGGAGCAGAGAUCAUUCCCACUGACUGAAGAAGAGUAUAUUUUGAGGCUUGAUGAUGUUGCAAACUCAUUAAAAUGCUGGGGAGCCGUCUCACAUAUUCGGAACAGCCUAGCAAAGUCGAAAGAACGGCCUCGGAUAGGGAAGGCUGUAAGCAUCUUUAUCGAUAUGGACGCGUCUGGUGCAAGAGCAAACGAGUGGAUCUACAAAUAG